AUGUCGAGUUCUGCGUCCUCGCGCAGCGUGGAGAGCAGCCCAGCCAGGAGCUCCGCAGCUUCGUCGUCCUCCUCCUCAGAGCAGCACGUCGCCGGCGGUCGACUCUCUUCUUCCCAGGUGAACAGUACCUCCGUUUCGUCUCAGUCUUCCUCGUCGCGGAGAGCGAGGGAUGACUGGUGCCAAAGCAGUCACUCGUCGAGCAGCGGGAGCGCGAGCUCUGACAGCUCCAGUUUCUGUCGGGGAUCACGAGACAGCUCCUCAGCGUCGGUUUCUCGGGGAACGUGGAGGGUGGACAGAGAUUCUUUCUCUGUGUCCGGCACAAGUAGGAGUCGCCUGCUAAGCUUCCCCGGGAGCUCUCACCAGCCGAAUCGCACAGAAAACGCUUCGCAUCCGGACGAUUUGUCGUCGUUCAGAGACUCGUGUGUAAGACGAGACACGGAUACUGCCGAGCGAGUGGCGACUGUGAGAGUCAACUUCCCUUCCCGACAAAAUAAUGACUCUUCGUCUGGCACAUGCACCUCUCCGAUCUCGUCUUCCUGCGACUACUCUGCCACUGAGUCUCAUUCCUCUGCGUCGCCUUCCCUCCGCCCGUCCAGUGGCGUCGUCUCCUCUUCUCGCUCGUCGUCUCGCCCUGGAGCUGCUCUCCCGCUCUCCGUCUCGUCUUCUUCUCUGUUGAGUCAGAAGAAAGGACGGAGAAAGGAGGCAGAGAGUCUUGUCGACUCCUCCUCGACGCACUCCAAACAGCGGGACUCCGCCGCCUGCCGCUUGCUCCGCGUCUCCCCGUCUGCGUCAGAGACAACGUCUGUGUGCCGAAUGUCCUCCGGUUCGGGGACCGCCAGAGUCGCGCGCCUGGAGCAUCAGGUUGAGGCCUCCUUCAAUCCUGAAGAAUACCCUGAGUGUUUCGUCUGUCAUCCAUCCCUCGUGGCGCCUUCUCGCCUGCGAGAAACCGGGAAAGCACAGAGAGAUCAACGGGGUCUCUAUACUCGGUUCGGGCGUCUCCACCUUUCCCCACAACGACUCUCUGUGGAGGCAACUUGUGUGUAUGGGCACUGCUCGAGUCCGCCUCUGUCUCAUCUUGGAGCGGGCGCGGAGAACUCUGAGGGGACAAACGACUUGGCUCUUUCGAAUGAAGACAAGAAGGGAGAGACUCAAAAUGCGCGGAAAAGGAGUGCCAGCGCUUUCUCGGAGUCCGUCUCAUUCCGGGAGGACACUCGCCGGGGGUCUCUACUCUCUGUCUCUCUCCCCGCUGCCUCUUCGGUGCUCGGGUCCGAUCUUCUCUCUCCUUCUCUGCGCGAGGUGUACAGACACCGGGGAGACUCAUACCUCUCUCGGUUCAAAGGAGGGAGUUCUCUCCUUCCUGCUCCACGCCGCUCUUCCUGUUGCGUGUCUUCUGUUCCGCCUUUCCCCGAGAGUGAGAAACGAAACGCAGGAAGCGACAGACGACCUACGAGGUCUGCGUCGUUAUCUUCGCUUCUCCCCAAUCAGCCUCCUGCCUCUUCUUCUCGGCGGCCGAGUUGCUCGUUCUCUCUUCUUCCUGCUCCCCUCUUCUCCUUCGGCCGCCGCGACCCGGGCGGUUUCGACACAGACGACGCCUGCCUCCGCCACGACAAGGAGUCAGGUGUAUGUACACCCGCUGGAACUGAUCUGUUUGUCGACGUCAGUCGCGAAAUUCGCAUCAUCGACGCGCUCUCCGAGAUUCAGAAAGAGUCGCUCAUCGCGGCGCACUGCCUUGACCACAGCGCGGCCCUUUCUGAGGCGAGUGCUCCCCUCGAUGCGUCCCCUUCUUCUUCGACCGUCCCUCACGUGUCUCCUUCCUCUGUCUCCUCUUCGCUCGGGCGUCUCCACAGCAGCGAAAAACAGACCGACUGUCUGCGCUUGAGGGGCUCUCGCGGUCUCCAAAGAAGACAGAGACACACCUGUAGCGUCGCGCCGUCUAGCGCAGAUCCCCUGGCGCCUUCUUUUCUCCAGCCUCAUCCUUCUUCAAAGCAACUCAAUCAGCUCCUCGACCACUGGCGAUCUGGGAGGGUGUCUGUGCCUCGCGGCUCUCGUGUGGAGACGCGUGGAGAAGCGUCUUGCCAUGCCUUCGAUGCCUCCCCCUCAUGUCCGCCUUGUUCUUCCCAGUCCCUCGGCUCGGCGGCACCCAACAACGCAUGCAGUCGAGCAGCCUACGGCGCGCGCCUCGAGGCUCAGGCGAACGUCCUGAGCAACCUAGACAGCAGGCAAGGAGGCAGGAAGGAGGAAGAGGCAGCCGAUGGAGGAGAAGACGGAGAAGAAGGCAGUCGACGGCUGUCUCAGCAGACCAGACCGGAAGGCGUGGAGGACCGGAGGGGAUGGACAGCAAUUGAGGAGUUCAACGACUGUGACGGAAACGUUCCCCGAAGAUCCCAACUCGCCGACUUCCUCCGAACCUGCCAUGUAAGCCGUUCACAAGUCGGCAGUGUGCUCGGAACUCACGCGAAGGAAUCGAGUCAAGACGGAGAAGGAGAAGAUCAGACGGGCGAAGACAAAGGAGACGCGGGAGAUAGAUGUGUCACCCACGAAGACGAUGGGGGCAUUCUCUGUCGCUCUUUGGAGAGCCGCAAGUCGGAGGCAAAAGGGUACGCGAUGCGAAAGGGAAGCCAGAAGGAACGCGUGGAGAAGGAACGCAUGGAAGGAAGCCCCGCGAAGAGGCGAGGACCGUUUCCCGGGGGCGGCGAAACAUGGACGCUUCCAGCAUAUGAAGCAGACGGCUUGUCCUCGCCUCGCGGGAGGGAGGUUGUGGCCUCCUGUUCUUCCGCCGGACGCCUCGAAACUUCUUCCAAAGACGCCUCGCUCUCUUGCUCAGCUUUUGCAGGCAGCGAGAAUGAACGUCUGCGAGCCUGGGCUCUCCAGGCGCCGAGUGCGGAAGCCUUCGAUCGCGUCGACCUCGUCGUGCGGCGGCUCGGCCUCCCACAGAAAACUCUACAGGAGAAACAGACAAGACCUGGGGACCCGGGAAGGAGUCUUUUAGAUGAGAAGCCGACCGUCUCCGAAGAAAAGACGAAAGAUAGGGGGGGAGUGGCUGUCCCAGCACUUGCGAGCGCAGCUGUGAAACCAUUCGGAAACAAUGAGGGGGGCGACGGGAGCGCAUGGAGUCGACUGACGAACGACUUGGAGGCGUUCCGGUGGAAGCAGAUGAUGCAGCCGUCUUCUACAUUUCUUUCGGCUCCUGUGGCAAAGAGGGGACGCGCGCUGUCUCCGCAGGGGGGCGCUGACUCAGAGGGGCGAGGCGAGAGCGAGGAGGGCCGUCGUGGAGGUUGUGCAGCCGCUCGGAGACGCGCCGGCGCGGAGGAAGAAACUCGAGAACUCCUCGAGGCGUACGAAGCUGCCAGAGUCAAAAUACUCGCCAAGAGCGACGAGGAGGCGAUGCAAGCAGCCGUGUCCAACUCGCUCCAUCAAAGCGAAAGGGUGCUCGGAAAACUCGAAAAUGUGACUCGCCGACUCCUCGAAGCUACUUGCCAGUCUCCCAAAACAAAACCAAUCUCAUGCUCGUCUUCGUCUGCACCUUCAUCUUCCUCUUCUUCUUCAUUUUCAUCAUCUUCGUCUUCUUCGGACUGCUUUUCGGGAGACGGCGCGUCGGAGGCGACGACGGUGGCUCCGAAUGGGUCUGCGGCCUUGUCGCCUCCCGACGGGGAGAAACAGAGACCCAGCGUUGGCCAGAGAGACGCGCUGCAGGCGAAGCUGUGGGAGAGCGAGAGAGAACUAAACUCGAAGGACGCAGAAAUCGGCCGCACUCUGCAGGCUGUUGCGGACUCGCAGGCAGAACUCGCGCGUUGCAGGCAGGAGCUGCAAGAGUCUCGCUCAAAGGCCCUGGAAGCCGCGAAGAAAGCUGCGGUCGCUCAGCGAAUGGUCCGGCUCCUCCACCAGAGACGUCAGGAAGAUCGAGAGAGGUGGAGACAGGCAGUGGAAGAAUGCUAUCGAAGCAGGCGAAGUGAUCAAGAGGCAGACGAAGACAAACAAGAAACAGAUUCGGCGUCGAAAAAGACCGACGGAAACAGAAAUACAGAAUCUUCUCUUUCUAGGACUUCCUCUUGCUCUUCUUGUUCCUCUUCCUGUUCUUCCUUCUCGUCUGGUUCAUCUUCCUGUUCUUCCUCUUGCUCUUCUUGUUCCUCUUCCUGUUCUUCCUCUUGCUCCUCUUGUUCUUCCUCCUGUUCUUCCUCCUGUUCCUCCUCCUCGUCUUGUUCUGCGUCUUGCUGCGGUUCGACGUUGCUCGCGUCUGCGUCGCGGCCAUCUUCUCUUUCUUCAGCAUGGUUUCCCGCAGAGGAUGAGUUGCCUGAGGUGGAGGAGCUUGUGGCCGAGUACGAGGCUGAGACUCGGGGAUACGAAUCUCGCAUCGCGGAGCUGCAGACUCUGCUGGAGGCGAGGAACUCCGCAGUCGAGCAGCUAGAAGUGAAGGGUGAGGCCCUGCGGAACGAAGUCGCCUUCCUGCAGUCGAUGACCGAGGAGCUGAGGCGCGCGCGCGACGCCGAGGAGGACUGCGUGCUCGGCGCGCUUCGCCAGCAAGUCGAGGAGGCGGAGCAGUCGACUCUCCGGCUAGGUCGGGAGAAGGAUCAACUGCGCAGUGAACUGGACCGCGUCCGCGCCUCCUUCACGAAGCAACUCGCGGCUUUGGAGACGCUCAACUGUCGGCUGCGCAAGGAGAAGGAGAUCUUUGCAGAGCGCGAGAAAAGUCAGCGCCGCCUCCACCAGGAAGAGCACGAGCGAAUGACCCGCGAACUGCAUGCGCUCCGGAGCGAGAAAGAAGCCGGAGAAGCUGAGCUCCUCGUCCUCGCCACCGCCAAGGCCGCUGCGGAGAUGAAGUGCCAGCAACUCGAACAGCAGCAAGAGACUCUCAAGAUCCACCAGGAACGCUUGUGCGGGAACCUUCUUCAUUUGAAAAACAAAGCUCACGGUCUUUCUCUCUCGCGAAGAAACCACGUUUCUCGGCAGGACUCAACAAACCAAGCGCCAAGUGCAGAAUGCGUGGACGCAAGUUCCCGGAGACGCGUCACCUCUUCUGUCUCCGAAGACGAUCCCUCCUCCGCCCUGUGGAGCUCCUCCGCCGAACGAACAGACACUAGUGGAAAUCUCUUCUCUUCCCUAUCGGGUCCUCGCUCCAGAAGCAGCGGCUCUCCAGGAGAGUCCUUUGAGCGGUCGCACUCUUCUUCUUGUCUCGCAUCUUCACCUUCCUGUCCUUCCGCCGCUUCUGGGUCGAAAGAAGAAACGUCUGGCAGCCUCCAACGCAUGCGCAGCAGCGCCAGCGGAUCCAGCAAAUCUGUGUCUGUGUCGAGUGUGAACGUUCUAACUUAUAGCGAGGGACCUCCUCUCCAGAGUCGCUCUGAGUUCGCUUCCUCUCGGCCCUCGUUCCCUUCUCCGUCAUCGGCUUCGCUGUCUUCCGAGUCUCACAGGGCAUGCGGAGCGCCACAGGCGAAGGAGGCCGCGAACUUCUUCGAGCGCCUUUCCUCGAGACUCCAGUCCAUGCGCGAAGAGUCCGAGCGCCGCCAGCAUGCGCUCCCCGGCCUCCCGCCUCACGCGCGGUCUCUGGAGGCGACACAGAGGCAGGGAAGAGACUCUGAGCUCGGGAGCUUCGGAGAAGGCCCCCAGGGCAGAGCCCACAGCCGGCAGUCUGGGGGAGACAGCGCACCCUCGAGCUUCCCAGCUGUUCCUUCGCAGAGUGGAAGCUCCUCGGCGUCUCGCGGCACAGAGGCCUUUCUGGGCCUUGCAGGGGACUUGGAGAGAAAGGACGAAAAUGCGUCUCGCUUUCUGUCUGACUCCUUGGGCGCGCAAGGCCAGGCACAGACCGACCGAGGCCCGAUGGGGUUCACAGCCAGAGACGAGGCUGGGCACUUGCAGGGACUGCCGAGUGGAGAGAACGACGAAUCCAUCACUUCGUCCGCCUUUUUCGCUCGAGCGAGACAAAUGAAAAACUCCGGAAAGGCCGUGCACUCGCCCGACCCCCGCAAAGACUCAGGGAGCGAAUCCUCCGACAGUCAAGACCCGAGCGCAGAAGAAGAAGAGGGAGACGAGAGAGCGGAAGAAGAAGAGGGAGACGAGAGAGCGGAAGACGAAGAAGAAGACGAGAGAGAGGAAGAAGAAGAAGAGGAAGACGAGAGAGAGGAAGAAGAAGAAGAGGAAGACGAGAGAGAGGAAGAAGAAGAAGAGGGAGACGAGAGAGCGGAAGACGAAGAAGAAGACGAGAGAGAGGAAGAAGAAGAGGAAGACGAGAGAGUGGAAGAAGAAGAAGAGGAAGACGAGAGAGAGGAAGAAGAGUCUGUGAGAGGAGAAGGGGAGAGUGGCUCUGGAUCGAUUUCUUCAUCGCGUCGUUCAAGGCGCUCCACGCCGGAACGGGGAACACGGAUUUCGAGUUUCUCCCCCCGCAACGGGGCAGGCAGAAAAACGAGUCGGUCUUCCUUCUCUGGCGAGUCCCGGACCUCCUCAGAAGGCUCACGAAGAAGCGGGACCUCACGAUCGCGCGACUAUGCCUCGUCGCCAACUUCGUCGCGUAGAGAUGGAGAGACUUCUCCUCCCGGAAAAUCCGGUCACAGAAGAAAACGCUCGAACUCAGCUUCUUCAGAGGACUCCUCGCGGUCUGCUCCCCAGUCGGAUGUCUCAGUCAACCAGGUGUAUGCACACCCGGCGGCUCUGGGCUCGAAGACUUCGGGUGUACGUACACCGCAGGCGUCCGCGUCUCGCGGCGCCCCCGCCUCCACCGCUGGAGCCACUGGAGGAAGACCGGUUUCUGGCUCGCACCCGAGUCGCGCAACGGAGAGGAGAGAUGAUGGCAGACAGGCGAAGUCGGUAAAGAAGAAAGAACCACAGACUCGAGUUCGUUCUCGACCGCGGCCUGAAUCGCAAGAGUCAAAGACUCCCGAGAGUGCCGACAGUGGAGCGACUCUGGAUCGAGGAGCGCGUCACAGGGAGACACCGCGACGAAACUCGGAGUCUGAGGAGGCGCGCCCAGGGGAAGGGGAAAGGACCUGCGUGUCUCCGGCCUCCGGAGGAGAGAAAAGAAGGAACUUUGUUUCAAGGGAUGAAACGUCAAUGGGUGCAUCUCGCGCGGAUCACCAGGAGACGAUGAAGAACGCCAAACUUAGCACGAUCUCUCGGAAAAGGACUCCUUCUCCCGUGGCAAUUUACAGAGUGUCUCCGUCCUCUUCAUCGAACGCUUCAGCUUCUCAGAGAGAGAGCAGAGCAGCAAAGAGCAGCAACACGGGGAUGUCCUCCUCGAGUUCGUUUUCUCUUUACCGCCCGCAUGACUUCUCGAGGGAGGGGUCGCAAGGCGGGCCGCCUCCAGACUUCAAGUUCUCGGAGGCUUCCUCUUCUUCUUCCUCGUCCAUCUCCUCUUCGCAUUCUUCGUCGGUUCCCUUCCCCUUCAGCGCGCUGGCCUCCGGAAGCUCGUCCUCGGCGCCGGCAAAGACCGAGAAGAAAGUCGAGUGCGAGGGCGCCGCUUCUUCUCUGUCUUCUCUCGGCGCCUCUUCGUCUUGUCACGAGCGCGUGGACCCUGAGCUUCGACAGCAAAGAGGAAAUACCGCGGAGGCUCAACAGAAGUCAGAUCCCUCCACUGUUUCUCCUCGCAAGCACUCAGAUGAACAGAGAACAGAAAGAGAAGGAAAAACGAGGAGACCGGAAGACUCGGGAUGUGCGACGCAGCACAGAAAUCCUGAGACACGGGGACGUCCUCCACAGCCCUCGCUCGUCGCCAUCCAGGAAGGCCAUCCGACGUCUCCUUUCUCAGUUUUGCCUCAGCAUCCCCCCGCCGCCAGACAGCUGCAGCCUCUGUCUCCGUCCUUGCGUCUGUCGCCUUCCAGCGUUCGUUGUAAACAGUGUGCGGGAGUUUCUUCGAGGUUUCCUCACGCCCACGAUUUGCGAGUCGAGCCUUGCUGCCACCGUCGCUGCGAAGGUCGCAACUGUUCUUCGGGAGAAGAAAGUGGAGAAAGAGAGCAAGCGGUCAGAUGCCGGCACAAUCCGAUCCCCGGAAGAGGGCCUCCCGUCACUGAAAACACAGUGUGCCACGCUCCCUCUGACCAAGGAAGGACGCUCGCAGGUGGACCGAGGCUCGCAGGAAGUCGCCAUAAAGAACCUGAGAAUUUAUCUUCUGCUUCUUCAUGUCCGUCGUCGAGCUGUCCUCGCGCGGCUCGGCAGAGAGAGGGAGAGGGAGAGAAGCGACACAGAGAGACGCCUUCGGUCAAGAGAGAAGAGAACAGAAAAUCUUCUCGAACUGGAGAAGCUUCUUCCUCGGUGUCCAUUCCGAACGAGCGCAGCUCUGACGACGUGAGUCCGUCGGGUCUGGAGCGCCUGUCUUUCGGGUGUACGUACACGCGAUACGGGCGGGAGGGAAGAGAGGAAAAAAGUCCUUUGCUUGCGCCUGGCCACGCAGCGAAUCAAAGGCUGACGGAUGGUCGCAGUCUUCACAGUUUUCCGGAUGAGAGGAAACCAAGCGACAUGGAGAGGCGGGUUGCUUCGCACAUGCUUCCUGAGAAAAGAACUGAAGAAGCGUCGCCGGCAGCUGCGUCUGGUCCGGGCCAACGACGGCUCUGUGGGGAGGCCUGCAGGCCGGAAACUGGGGACAAGUGUGGAGAGAGACAGCCUGUCUCUUCGUUCUCGCGAGAGAAAGGAACUUCUUCCGUGCAAGCGAGAAGAGACGAGAGCGACGAGCCUCGCUUUGUCGAGAAGCUACGCAUAGGGGAACAGAAUCCGUCGCUUGUGUUGAGGGAAAUGGAGGAUCUGAGAGUCACAAGUCGCACAGCCGCGGAAAUCGAUGCCUGCAUGCGCCACGCGCGUCUCGCAUGUCGAAGAGCGGAGCCUGUCUCCGCCUGUCCGCCUUCGCCCUUCUCUUUUAGAGGUUCUGUUGGAGACCAGCUGUCUCCAUGCGAAUCCCCACACGGUCCGUCUCAUGGAGCUUCUGUCUCGUGUGUCUCCGCCCCAACAGCGAUCCCUCCAGCCUGCUGUUGGCUUCCAGAAGAGACAGCAGCGAGAGGCCAUCGCGGAAACUGCGUACAUGCAAACUGGCAAGCUCUCGCAGACGAAGAGCUCCUUGAAGAGGAAGACGGAGACACACGCAGAGGCGAAGGAGAAGAGAGAGAAGCGAGAGAAUUUGGAGACAGAGGAGAGAGAGACGAUGGCCAUCGAGCUGCACGAGGCGAGGUAGGGUGUGGGGUGUUGGGAGGCAGGAGAGAGAGACGAGAAGAGACAGGGAGACGAAGGGAUACGACGAGGAUUCCGGAGUCCUGUGGAGGCGGCGAGGAGUCGUUUUCUCCUUCGUCACCGUACAUCCAGGAGGAGAGGAGACAAAGAGAGGCGGCGCAGGCAGUUGAGGCUGUUGCGCGGGAUGCCGACCGUAAUGCCUAUUCUCAUGAGCAUGUGCAGAGUCUCAAAGAAAAGCUUCUUCGCACGAUCCAGACAAAUGAAAUUCUUCGCAAGCGCAGCCGCGAACUGUCGAAAAAGAAUCGCGAACUCAGACAGCAUCUCUUGGGAGAUCCGGCCGCUCUUCCUCUUCCUUCGUUUCCUUCUUCUUCUCUUCUGUCUUCUCUAUCUUUGGCACACUCUGACAGAUGUCGAGAUAUGCCUCAGCGUCUGCCUUCGCCCCCGCGCGAGGACCUCAAAUCAUCUGACUCGGGUGUCUCCAGUGGGGCGUUGGCGGGAGAGAGCGACCGACGAUACUCCUGUCCCCGCGAGACGUCCUCGCCCAGUUGCGGUGGCCGAGGAGGUCGCCGUCACCCUGUCUUCUGCCGAGAGCUUUCGCGGAAUGGCAACUCUCGCCUCGACGCACAGAGCGGUCCCCAGUGCAGGGACUUCAGCCCCCAGCUGUGGAGAGGAGAGAGAGGAAACGCGGGGGAGAUGCGCCCUCGCGAGUCGCGUGAGUCGUUCGGGAGUUGCAGGGAAGUAGACGACGAUUCGCCGCAGCGAUGGACACGAGACGGAGACAGGGAGGAACGCAGAAGAGCGCGUCUUCCUCCUUCUUCAUCUUCGCCUCGGCAUGCCGGCCAGGCGGUCGACCAGCGGCGCCUUAACUAUCCUCAGAGCUUCGGUGCGUCUGAGCUUCGUCUCUGUUCGUCGACUCCUUCCUUCGACGAAGGAGGCUUUCCCUGUUCGUCGACUCCUUCCUUCGACGACGAAGCCAUUUUGCCGUGUGGGCGCGAAGAGCUGCAGGACAGCGUUGGAGACAACCGAGGGCAUCUGUGGGGAAAGCGCGGACGGGGGCGAGAAGACCCUUCUUGGGAGGCGACGGCCCGAACGAGCGGCGCGUCCCCCGCGUACGAAGAAGGCUGGUUUCGACAGGAGGCGUUCGAGGAACGAGAAGAAGAGAGGAGAAGACAGCAGUUCUCUCCAGGUUGUUCUCCCCGUUCUCCGACCUUUCUGCCAUGUGGAGGAGGCACCCUCAGAGACGCAGUCGAAGCGCCUCAGCCAUCGAAAGCGGCAUGCGACGGAGGCUACGCAGGCACUGUUUGGAGCCUUCCCUGCGUUCCAGACAAGGCGGAGGUCGACAACGAAAGAAGAGAAUGGAAGCAAGCAACAUGCGAGAGAGAACCGGCAGAAGGAGACAAGACGAAGUGCGACAAAGAUGCAGAAGGAAGCGAAAGGAACUGCGAGGGAGAACGAGAAGAAAAGCGACGAGUCAAAGGACUGUCGGAGGAGGUCGCAAGUGUGGAGGGGGAUUUCUGGGCGCCAGCGAGUAUCAUUCCAUCUCCCCUUCCUUCUCCUGCGUUCGCGGCAACAGGUGAGAAGCGUCUCGGAGACACUGUCGCCCCUGGUGUCUCUUCUCAAGCCGCUUUUUCUCUGUCCUGUCUCUCCUCUGCACGCUGUGCGUCAAACCCUCUUCCCUUGACGCUCGACGAGGCUGCAGGAAAGGUCGCUGCGGUCGAGUCUCGUUCUCCUCCCUCUGUCUCCCCUCCACCCUCCACCGUCUCUCUUCUCUCGUCUCCAGAGAAGGCGCGGCAGGGAAGCGACGAAGGUGAAGAAACGAGAGAGGCAGAGCAAAAGCGUGAACCCAGAGAAGCAAUAUUUCCUUCUCCUUCUCUCUUUUCUCCCGCUGCUUCCUUCUCCUCUGACGCGUCUUCGUCGCCUUGCUUAGCUGCGCUCCGAGCUGUCUCUCCACCAGGUUCGAGAGCGAAAAGAUUGGGAGAAGGAGCUCCAGAACAGGUAUUUCUGAAGGAAGGCGAGACAGUGAACGCGGGGAGGCAUGUCCUCCCACAGUCUCUUGAUGCCGAGACAGGGGGUUUCUCGAAUUCCGCUCCUGUUCGCGAGCGGCCGCGUUCUCUCGACCUUGGGAAGAGGAACCUCCAUCUUGCCCACGAAGAGGAUGCGCUAGCGAUUCAUGACCAGACAAGCAGGACCGGGAGCGAGAACGAAGACAGCAGAGACGCCGCGGAGGACGAGGCGGGCGUGUAUGCAAUGCCAAAGGCGUUUGAAGCCUGUGGCCGCGCCGCUGACGGAAAUGGAAGCUCCCAGACGUCUUGCGCCUCUCUCCCGAAAGCGCGCGACGGCGAGAGUCAGGAGGCUCGUCCGUCUCUCAUCGUUUCGACCUGUGAGGAGUCUCCAUUUUGUCUCUGCCGCAAGCCACCUGCGUCACUUUUCGAGGAUCCUGGGUCGCAGAAGGAAGCUGAGAAACCCUUGGGAAAGGGAGAAGAUGGAGGCGUAGAGCGAGGAGGCGAAGCAGACCGUGGGGCGGAACUCGAACUCGAGGAGGAAAGCUCAAGGGUGCGGCAGGAGGCAGGAGAGAAGGCAAAUCGGGACUGCAACGCGAAGCUACGGAGGGAGCAGAGAGGCGAGGGCGAGAUCAGGGAGGAGACUCACGAAGAGAAGAGAACGAAGGCAGAGGCAGCAGAAGAGGAAACGGGGGGAGAAAGACGGGAGGAAGAGACUUUGAAGGGGGACCAGGAGUUUCGUUGUGAAAGGCGAGAUCAGUCGACAGGCGAGCAAGCGGCAGAAGAGAGGAAGACCACUGGAACGAAGGCGAGGUGUCUCGCAGACGUUCUGUCGAGAAAUAUCAAUCCCCUCUUCCCUGCAGAGGCCGUACCGGGGGAAGAAGAAGACCAAGACGCAGGUAUCUUCGCAGAAGAGACAAACGCGGCAGGGUGUGCGAAGAGUGAAAGGAACGAGGUCGACGACGCGCAAUUUGGGAGCCCCAGAGAGACGGGCGAUUCACAGACAGUCUGUUUUUCGCCUCACUCUGCUCUUCGCUGUCUUUCCAUAAAACGCCUGUCGCUUCCUCUCCCUUCUCGGAGUUGCAAAACCUUCGCUGAAAAGCUUCUUUCGCCGUCACACGUUCGCUCGUCUCUCUCCUCUGCCCUCGCGGGAUCAGAUUCCUCGUCUCCUGGCGCGCUGGGGGUUUCGGAAAAUGUGAAUGCGGAGUCGCGUUCCCCCUCUUAUGCCUCGACUUGCUGGUCUUCUUUCUUGGAGGACGGAGAGAGAACUGAAGAGGCGAGAGGCUGCUCACGCCCUUCGCAGCCGGGUGUAUGUACACCGUCGUUUCAGCCGUCUUCGCUUCCACCCUCGUUUUUCACGGAACUGCCUACCACCCACAUGAUACAGACCGCCCGGACGAACUUCCCGUCCACUCCAUUGUCUUUCCGGUCCUCUUCCAGUUCUUCACCAAUUCUCGGCGACUUGUCUCGGAAGUCUUCUUCCUCUCGCUGUUCUUGCGGCUCUUCCUCGCCUUCUCCCGCCCGUGGAACGGCGCCUCGUCGCCCCCCAGUCUCCUCGCUUCGUCUCUCUCUCCCGCGCGCCGUCGCCUCUGCGCAGCCGUCAUUCUGUUGCAACUCAUCGCGGUCUUCCUCUUCUCUCUCGUCCUUCAGCCUCUCUUCUUCUCGGCCUUUUCUCUCUGCGCGGCCGCCCUGGGGCUCGACCCUCGGCUUAAAGUCGAAGACGCGCGUCGGCCGCCAGCCCCGAGGCUACCCCGCGUACCUGUUCCACCUGCAUGAGGCAGGAAAAACAAUUUGCAGAAGAUGCGACGCAUGCCCGUUCCGUCUCCUUCAGCGUGAACAGGAGGAGCUGCGGAGGUUGCAGGCUCUCCUUCUCGCGAGGAAGAACCGGGAGAGAUCUGAAACGCGGGAAGACGUCAAACCUGUGCAGCGGGAAUCCCCGUCCUUUCUUCUGAAGCACUCAGAAGAGCGGAAAGACGUCUUGCCUGGGAGAACCGAGAACGACGGUCAAGGCCCCUCGCUGACUUCCACGCGCCUCAGGCUAGGUCUGCUGUGUCAACCGAUGGCGACAGCGUUGAGACAAAACGAGUUCCGGCGAGAGAACAUGGACCUCUGUCCGCGCUCGCCCUCACCCAGAGGAGCCUCUUCUUCUGUCUCUCCUGCGUCUUCUGCUUCUCCUGCGUCUUCUGCUUCUCCUGCGUCUUCUGCUUCUCGUACUUCUCGUACUUCUCGUGCUUCUCGUACUUCUUCGCCUCGGUCCUCCGUCUCGCAUGUCUCUUCUGCGCGACAGGGAGAAGCAGUCCGUGAUGUCACGGAGAGCAGUGAUCUUCGACGUCUGAGGCCGUUCGAGAGCCUCAGGACUCUGGAGAAGCUGCGACCGCUCGAGACUCGCUCGGUGUCCUCUCGGGCCUUGCCAUUGACGCCUCGCGUCCAAACCAAGAGCCUCACGUCGCGUUCCGCGAGCAUGGCGCCUGUCUCCUCGCGCGCUGUUUCGACGUCUAGAGGCCCCAGAGCUUCCCUGAACUCCCUUUCUUCGAUGUGGACCUCGCAGCUGGUCUCGGCGCACCACAUGAAGUCGCGGAGACUCCCCGACGUCGACUCGUGUCUCGCUCGUUUCCCUUGGUUCUCUGCAGAAGACGCUCGCCUCUUGGCCUGUCUCCUGCAGCAGAGACGCCGUGAGCUCUGGGAAGAGAUAUUCAACUACGAGAGGGAUCUCGCCCUUGCAGCAGCCGCCCCGUCGCAAAAAAGGGCCGCCGCUCCCGAGGACCGAAGAGAGGACGGAGACACCCACAGGCCAGGGAGCCUCACCGAAACAACAGAACGGGAGGGCAAGGAACAGGAGAGAAAGGCCGAGACAGACAGAGAAGAACAGGAGAGAAAGACCGAGACAGACAGAGAAGAACAGGAGAGAAAGACCGAGACAGACAGAGAAGAACAGAAGAGAAAGACCGAGACAGACAGAGAAGAACAUGAGAGAAAGACCGAGACAGACAGAGAAGAACAGGGGAGAAAGGCCGAGACAGACAGAGAAGAACAGGAGAGAAAGACCGAGACAGACAGAGAAGAACAGGAGAGAAAGGCCGAGACGGAGAGGCUUCAGGAUUGGCGUGAGACUCGAAAGAGCGAGAAGACGGCAAAGGGGUCGGAGCAAAAGAGUUCGCGACAGCGAAAGUUAAAGACAGAUGCAAAGGAUCCGAGAGCAGGCAGAGAGGAAGAUACAGAGAAGGGCAAAGAAGGAAGAAAAGAGAACGCGAGGUGCAGGCUAGUGAUGAGAGAGAGUGGAAACCUUUACGGGGGAAGCAGCUGCGCAGAUUUGCUUCUCUCGCCUCCUGGCGAAGACGGUGGUUCGUCUGGAUGCGACAGAAACGGAGGAGAGUCGCACGAGUCUCGAGAAGAAAAGAAGUCUCGGCCUCCUUGGCGCAGACCGCCUUCCCUCGUUCCGCGCCUCUGCAAAGGAGCCUGGUGCGGCGCCUCCAAGGCCGCCGCUGCGCUCCGACAUGCAGAAAUGAAUACUCGCUGAGCUUCAGUCACGGCCAAGACUCUUUUCUUCAGUGGGGAACAACAGAGGGAGGUGGGUGAAGGUCGAGAAGGGAGCAGCAGGCAACAGACAGGUUCGAGGGAAAAGAGGAAUGUCGGCAACCCAGGGAAGCACGAGAGGGUGGAGGGAGGA